AUGUUCUGCUGUUUCGCGCGGCCCAAGGCGGGCGACGACGACAAUGUCAACGACGACUAUGCUGCGCCUGCGCCGCCCGCGCGGAGCACCCCGCGCAAGCCCGCUCCUUCCGCCUCCUCCCCCGUCGGCGACGCCGGCGUGCGCGAAUACGCCAGUAAAAUGGCGGCCGCCGACGACCGCGUCGCCAUGUCGUCAGUCGCCGUGUUACACGCUGCGCAAAUUCGCAGCAUUCGCUCGGAAAACGCCUCCGGUAUCAGCGGCGGUGCCGCAGGCGGCGGCGGAGCAGGAGGAGGCGGCGGCGGAGGCGUCGGCGGAGUCGGCGGCGGAAGCGGCAUCACCGCAGCGCAUGGCGGCGGCGGAGGUGGGUCGGGUCGCGGGGGGUCCCGGGAUGCUUCGUCAAAACCUCCUAUAGCGGUAGAUAGAGGCAAGAGCCAUCUGGGGCCGGUAAUCAUGGCGGCUGGUCCGGGGCUAGGGUUUGGCGCAUCGGGUAUAGACAUCAGACCAGGCAGCGGCGCAGGCGGCGGAGGGGGAGGUUUGGAUGAGCGGCCGAGCAGCGCGGGGCCGACGACGAUACAGCAGCACAUGCAGCAUCACCAGCAGCUGCACCAGCACCAGCAGCACUAUGCUGCGGCCGUGGGAUCGCGCACAGUGAACAGUGCCGGAUCCGUAUCGUAUCUCAACGCCAUGCCUGGGCGGCAGCGUAUUGUGGCUUGGCUGGAAGAAUCGGAUCAGUCGUUUGCGACUGUAGACGAGUCCACGAACGAGCCCGUGCGACUCAAAUCUCCGCGGAGUAAGCAAGCGGAAGGGGAUGGGAAGAGGGAGGGGGAAGGGGAGGGGGAAAGCGGGCGGGACGGGAGCGCGGACGCAAUCGCUCUGGAACGCCUCGGGCUGUUUCUUUCUAGCCUGCCCGCCGGGCAGUAUGAAGACCGCGGCAGCCCCACGGCCGCGCCUCCGUCCGCCUCGGGAGAGUCCAGCGGCGGAGUUGGGGGGGCCAGCGGCGCGUGGAGCGCGGGAGGCGGAGGGGGAGGCGGAGCGGGAGGCAGCAGCAGCACGGGGACGCACGGGCAGUCGGGUUAUUCCGCCAUGGCCACCGCGGGUUCAGGUGUUACCGGCCCGAGUUACACCAGUCCGGGCCUCCCAGGAGCAGGUUUUACUGGCGCAGGCUUAUCUGGGGCGCGCAGGGCUUCCCCGAAUAACUCUAAGCGGGACCUGCUUCCGCCCCCCGCGGGGGGCCAUAGCGGGGGCGCCGGGGGCGGAGGGGGAAGUGGGGGGAAUCCAUUGGGGGGGAACCCGAUGGCGCGAACGCGGUCGAGUCAGGAGCCCGUGCGGCUGGUGCCCCAGAUGGGCAGCGCGGAGGAGAGCGCGCAGGCGGGCGCUGCGCCUUCCCCCUUCCCCGCUGCAGCAGGCGCGCUGGGGGCGGGAUCUAGCAGGGCGGGGGGAGCCAGGGGCACAGGAACGGGAGUAGGUUCCGCCGCUGGUGGAGGGGGCGGGGGCGGGGGAGGGGGAGGAGGAGGAGGAGGAGGAGGCGAUGCUGCUGCUGCUGCGGCGGCGGCAGGUGCGCUAUUGUCGUCACCGAGUUUUGCCAAUGGGGUUGGUUCAGGGGCAGGGACAGGGGUAGGGGCUGGGGGUGGUGCAGGCUCGGGUGCUGGUGGCGCUGGUGGUGCAGGUGGGGCGAAGGAGAAGGAGAGCCUGCGCGUGCAGGCACUGAGUAAUGCCAUUCGGCACAGCAGUCACUGCGGGGAGAAGGACAGCAACAGCCAGAGAGACAAGGAGCCGCUAGGGCGAUCCACCACUCAGUACUCAGAAGAAGGAGGGUCAGCAGCAGCAGUAGCCGGAUCAGCUGUUGCUGCCACUGCUGGGUUCGGUGGGAGCGCGAGAGGCUUGGGAGGCGGUUUUGCUUCGGACACAGCUUCGGAUACGGCUGCAGGGCAGGUGCAUCUGAGGGAUGGCAGCUUCCCGCCGUCCCCUGCUCCGGAUAAGUCAUGGUAUGCUGUCUCGCCAUUGGUGGAUUUUCACCCGGGGUCCAGUCCGCCGCCCCCUUUCAUUCCCGGGCAGAGUCCGCUGAGAGAUAGUGCUUUUAAGCUGCCCCUGCCUGCUGUGGGAGGGAAUGGGGCAGGCCAUUCUGGGCAUGAGGGGUUAGGGGAGAUAAGGACCGAGGAUGGGCGGAUUGGGGAGGGGGGUAAGGGGGAUGGAGAAUUUUCUAUGGAUGGUGGGAAGGGAGGUGGAGCUGAGGGUUCUUCUCACGAGGAGGCUCCUUGUUCCAAGAUGUGGAACAUUCCCAUGAAAAGUAAUGUUGGAAAUUGUGGGUAA